AUGGCCACCUCGUUGCCACCGACCGAGUCGCUCGCGCUCAUAAUCCUCGCCGCACUCGACACGCCCGCCGGCCGCAUCGACGACUCGCGCUCCCUCUCCAUCCCUGCCGACGUCGGCCCUGCCACGCCCGCAACCACCGUCGGGCCCAGCACCGAGGCCCAGAAUGCCGUCAAGGCUGCUCUCGACAGCCUGACGACUCGCGAGAUGGUCACCUUCAAGCAGAUCAACCUUGAGCAGCACGCCCUCACGGUCGAGGGCACCCAGAUCGCCCAGUCCGGCUCGCACGAGUACCGCGUGUGGGCCGCGCUCCCGCCGCCCGGCUCCGAGGCGGGCCUCACGGCGCAGCAGAUUGCCGACAAGGUCGGCAAGGACGUCGCCAAGGUCGGCCAGGGCAAGGCCAUGAAGAACAAGUGGGUGACCAAGAAGGGCGACGGCUUCCUCCAGGCGGCCCCGACAGUCGUGGACGAGACGCAGAAGGACUUGGGCGUGAUCCAGAGCAGCGGCGCGCACCCGGACGAGAAGCUGCUGGCCGAGCUGAGGAAGCGCAAGCUCGUCGAGAAGAAGAAGUCGUUCUACUACUCGGUCGAGAAGGGCGCCAACUGGGCGACGACGAUUCAGAAGCUCGAGACGGACUUGACGGUCGAGCUCCUCAACUCUGGCGAGUGGGAGAAGGCGUCGUUCAAGAAGUACAACUUCGAGGCCGAGGGUGCGCCGACGUUCGGCGGUGCGCUGCACCCGCUCAUGAAGGUCCGCGAGGAGUUCCGCAACAUCUUCUUCGAGACUGGGUUCACCGAGAUGCCGACCAACCGCUUCGUCGAGUCGUGCUUCUGGAACUUCGACUCGCUCUACGUCCCUCAGCAGCACCCUGCACGAGAGCUGCAGGACACGUUCUACGUCAAGGAGCCUUCCGCAUCGACCGGCUUCCCGCAAGACUACUACGAGCGCGUCAAGCGGGUGCACGAGGUCGGCGACUUUGGCUCGACCGGGUACCGGUACCCGUUCUCGAAAGAGGAGACGUCGCGCCUCGUGCUGCGCACCCACACGACGUCCGUGUCGGCCGCCAUGCUGUACGAGCUCGCCAACGCGCCGGGAGGGUUCAAGCCGGCCAAGAUGUUUUCGAUCGACCGCGUGUUCCGCAACGAGGCGGUCGACAUGACCCACCUCGCCGAGUUCCACCAGGUCGAGGGCGUCAUCGCCGACCGCAACCUCACGCUCGCCGACCUCAUCGGCUUCCUCGACGUCUUCUUCUCCAAGAUGGGCGUCAAGAACCUGCGGUUCAAGCCGGCGUACAACCCUUACACCGAGCCGUCGCUCGAGAUCUUCUCGUGGCACGAGGGCCUCGGCAAGUGGGUCGAGAUUGGCAACUCGGGCAUGUUCCGCCCCGAAAUGCUCGAGACGAUGGGCCUCCCCGCCGACGUGCGCGUCCUCGGGUUCGGCCUCAGCCUUGAGCGCCCGACCAUGAUCCGCUACGGCAUCUCGAACAUUCGCGACCUCCUCGGACACAAGGUCCCUCUGGAGAUGGUCGAGAAGUCGGCGGCGGUGCGUUUCUAG